AUGGCGAGAACGUUGCAACGGAGAGCCUUGGGAAGCCGCUCUACUACUGCUAAAUCAAAAUCAUCAAGGGCACCGUUUGUAUUGAGCCUUCCACUUUUGAGUCUAUUAUUGAGCGUGUUGACGUUAGGUUUAGUCAGCCUCUUCUCGUUCCAGCACAAGACCGACAGUCAUCAUCUCCGACUCGACCAUGUUGCAUUACCACCACCACCGCCACAAAACAAUCAGCCCCCAGCGAAGGCCACUUUCGCACCAGCGAAAGCCACUCUUGCACCCACAAAACCCAAAGAAGCCACUGCAGUAGUGAUUCCACCAUCCACCACCAGCACCACCACCGACAAUAAGCCACCACCACAAGGAUUCGACCAGACGAAAUACCAGUAUACGCCUCCACUCCAGUUCUUUUCGUGGCCCGACCUGGAUUGCGGUGCGCCACCCAAUUAUGAAACAUUCUUUGCUCAGGAUAAAAAGCACCGAUCCGAAAACAACGAAGAUCAAAUCCUAUGGAAUCGCAUCUUCCAGCACAAUAGCGCCAAUAACAAGAAGGGAACCUAUGUCGAACUGGGUGCCUACAAUGGCAUGAAGGAAGCCAACAGUCGGUUCUUUGAUGUUUGUUUGGGCUGGAAAGGACUCCUCAUUGAAGCCAAUCCCACCGUGUUCCCUGAGGUGCGGGUAAAUCGACCACAAGCUCAUUCCAUGGGUUUUGCACCCUCCUGCCGACAACCCGGUGAGGUGGAUUUUCAUGCCGCCGUUUGGACCAAUGCCGGUGUUUCUGGUCUAGCAAAAGCCUAUGAGGGAACGGAAACGGUCAAGGUUCCCUGUGGUCCGCUGCAACCAGUGUUGGACCAUAUCUUUCCUCCUGGAGAGGCCAUUGAUUUGUUUGCCUUGGAUGUGGAAGGAGCCGAACUAUUGGUAUUGCAAACCAUUGAUUUUAGCAAGGUUCAAAUUCAUGUCGUGAUUGUGGAAGUGGAAAAUGCAUUUUGCAAAAUUGCCGACAACUGCGAGAUGCGUAAUGGUGUUCGGGCACUGAUGCAGAAGACUGGGUAUCAACGGCACUUUGGCGUGAUACCGUACACGGAUAUCUACAUUCAUGAGAAUGCACCGUAUCGCCUAUUCUCGAACUAA